GCCUCUCUCUUAUUGGCCCUUCCCCUCUUCUUAUAACCCUUCCCUACCUCUUCACUCUCUCUGACCUCUCAACAUCCAUUUCAUCAUCUUCUUCUUCUUCUUCGAGCUUUGACGUCAUGAUCAAGAUACUCAAUCCUCACUCUACCACAACUCUUAAGACAGCUGAGAUCUUGUCUAAAUAUAGACCCAUUGCUCCUAAGCCCGGGACGCCUCGUGUCAACGACGAUGACCCUUCUUCCUCUAUGUCUCACAAGAUCAGCCAAUCUCCUUACCUUCGUAACCUCUGGCCUCAGCUUCAAGCGCGCCCUACCAGAACCCGCAAGCGAGGCCGAGGUGGUAUGGGUCCUUCUUCUCUUGCUAUGAAGAGACCAAAGUCAUCAUGCGUUUCUUCUCCCACCUCUUCUUCUACUACUACUACCCAACGUGUCAUUGGCCCAAUUAAAACGCUGUCGUUCCAGGCUUUCACUCAUCAUGGCUUACCUAGCCUCACUCAAGUUGGAUACGCCUUGGAGAAUGGUGCCUCUUCUGCUUUGGUGACUCUGCCUCUUCUUCAAUGCUCUCCUCCUCUUCCCUCCAAAUGCAUGGAGCCAGAGAUCAAAGGUAAGGGUGUCAUUGAUCUUAACAAGACCGCAGAAGUAAUACAAGAGAUAGAUUUCUUGAAGCAACUACAAGGACCCAUCACAACAACGACAACUACAACGAGCAGAGUUAUAUCACCCCAGCCUAUAAGGCCUCUUUGCUCAAAGAUCAACGUAGCCUACAUAAACCCACUGACCAACCCAUCUCCGCUGCCAAAUCAAACCAGCAAGAAGUCGCCAAGUGAGGUCGAAGAGGAAGUCGAGUCAGACGACUUACCCUCUGUGAUCACCGAUUCCAGCAACAGGGUCAGACUCGUGAACUCGGCGUACAAGGAGAUGAUGGGGCAGCCCGAGUGUUCGUGGCUGGAUUCGAUGGUGAGAGGGAGGAGGAUCUGUGGGGAAGUGAUGAUCCAUUUUUGUGAAUCCAAAAUUCCAAUGAUGACCGAGAAUAAUGGGUUUUCUUGCUGGGUGAGGAUAGAGUGGGGAAGAGACGGUAAGGAGGAGUACAUGCACGCGUUUUGCGAUGUGAUGAAACUUGCAUGUGAGUCCAAAGAUUAUGUUUUUACGUGGAGGUUUCACGCAACCACGGACCGGAGAGAGGCUUGCCAGUCAAGCUGCAACGUUUAGAGUAGGUUUUGGAGUAUGUGUGUUACCCUUUCUAGUACUAGUGCUUUAGCGUAACGAUAUAUAUUCUCUAUAGACUAUAGCCAAUAUGUAAAUGUCGGUUAGUCAUAAUUUCUACUGUUAUAAUACAGUAUGAAUGAAGAAGAAAAAGUUCCUCGUUUAAUCUAAAAUGGUUUCAUA